AUGGGGCUUCAUUGCGAUGUCCCCGGAGCCGACCUCCGCCCACGUCGAGCAACAACAGUCCCCGUCGCCGAUGUUCCUGAUGCGGACGAGGCUCAGGUAGAUGAUGACAUGGCCCACGGCAGUAGCGCGCUUGUAGGGAUGAUCAGAAUGCAGAUCGGGCUGGGCGUCGCAUGUCGGCAGCAAUUUGCCGAGUCAGUAGCGUUUGCGGCGGCGGCCCAGGGUUCUCGACGUCGGGACGCCCCUCAACGGACAUUUGCGACCGCGACCACAACGGCGAUGGGCGGUGAGAAGGUGCGCGCUGAUGCAGCGCCUUCAAGGGAAAGCCAUUCAACGCUGAGCUCGGAUGGACCAGCGCUCUCGCGGCGUCAUCAUGACAUGACCCGUAGUUGGAGAUGGCCAGCCUUGGAGAAAUGA